GGACUCCGAUCCCCCGCUCUCCGAAUCGAUUCCAAUUCCCUUCUUUUCUCCCUCCCUCCUUCCCCUCUUAAAUCCCCGCCGCCACCUCCCCUUCUUCGCCACCUCCCAUCUCUUCUCUCUCCCUUCCUCUUCGCUUCUUCGACAACUCUCUCGAUGGAGGAAGAUCGCGUCUUGGCCGUCAUUUUGGAUUUGGACGGCACCCUUCUGGACACUGAAAGAGCAACAAAGAAUGUUCUGAAGGAGUUCCUGGCCGAGUAUGGGAAGGUCCCGGAUGCGGAGAAGGAGGAGAGGAGACUGGGACAGAUGCACAAGGAGGCGGCGGCUGCCAUUGUGAAGGAUUAUGACCUCCCACUGACUGCCGAUGAGUUCACCGAGGCGAUCAUGCCAAUGUAUCAGGAAAAGUGGCCACGAGCGAAAGCACUUCCAGGUGUUAAUCGCCUCAUUAGACAUCUUCGUAAGCAUGGAGUCCCAUUGGCACUUGCUUCAAAUUCCAUCAGGAGGCAUAUAGAGACAAAAAUUUCGCACCAGCAAGGUUGGAAGGAAUCCUUUUCUGUCAUACUUGGUGGAGAUGAUGUUAAACAGGGAAAACCUUCUCCUGACAUAUUUCUAGAGGCAGCAAAAAGACUUGGCAUAGAUUCAUCAGCUUGUCUUGUGAUUGAGGAUUCCCUGGUUGGUGUUAGAGCUGCAAAGGCUUCUGGAGUGAAGGUAGUGGCUGUUCCAUCUCUCCAAUGUCAGGAUGAACGUUAUUCAAUUGCCAAUUGUGUGCUUCAUUCACUUUUAGAGUUUCAACCUGAGUUAUGGGGUCUUCCAGCAUUCGAAGACUGGGUUCAGAAUGCAUUGCCAAUUGAACCAUUGUAUGUUAGAGAUCUGCUAGGUGAGCUAUUUCCUCGUGAUGGCUUUGCUGUUGCUAAAAUAACUGAAGAUAAUGCUUCAUAUGAAUUUGUUCCUGAUCAAGUAUGCGGGGUCUUCUUUGGUUGGGCCAAACUUGAAAUACAUGGCAUCUUUAAGGUUGUGGUGAGCAUUGGAUGGGACCUUUCCUUGGGCACUGUUAGAAGAGUAACUGAACUACGGCUUAUCGGUCAUAUCCACAGCUACACAAAGGAACGAUUGCACCUGCUGUUGGUUGGAUACAUCCGGAAGCUGCGAGAUGAGCAAUAUAUAUUAGAGGCUUUAAAAUUAUCCGAAGAAGAUGUGAUUGUUGCACAAGAUGCAUUGGAUCUUCCGAUCUUCUCGCACCAAGCGAGCAGCCCUCUCUUUGCAGAAGAUAGCUUGUGAUCAAAUCUCUUUCACAACUUUCACUGCGGCAAUUGUAUUUUAGCUUCCAUGUCUCAAAAAAGAAAAGUAUUUUGGCUUUCAAGCACGGAUAGGAAGGCAACUAUGCUUUGUGUGAAGUUUAGGUGCUUCUCCUUCUGCAAAAUUCAGUUCAUGUACUUCGAGAAUGGGUGUGAUCAAAUUGUUGCAGCACUCUUCUGCACCUGAAUAAUUCCCAGACUUGUUAGAUUAUACUUCAAUUCAAAAAUCUGACCUUCUGUCUUUAUUGAUGGCUAAAUCUCUGAUUUUUAUAGUUAA